CAACACGGCCCACUGCUACCAUGACUUUGGAUCAUUUCAAUACAGGAGCCCCAGUGAUUCUCAAGUGGGAUCCAAAGAAUCUUGAAAUCCGCACCAUGUCCGUGGAGAAGACCUUAGAGCCUUUGGUGAUUCAGGUUGAUGAGUAGUAGUGUUCAUUGUAGCCAAGUGCAUGAUAAAGUUAUUAUCUACAUGCAUUUAAAUUAGUGCAUGAACAUUCUAGAAAGUAUUAAAUGCCUAUGUGUAGUGAACAAAAUAUUGUACUCCAGAAAUUCUGAGAAAACUGAAAAGACAUUAUUUAAUAACAUCUUGAAGAAGCUCUUGAAGUGACUGAAUACAUAUCUUGUAAAUCAAUAGACUGUUGAACAUAAGUUGAAAGUGAGAGGUUGCUUUGAUAGUAGAGAAGCACUGCCACAUCCUCACCAUGCCGGAGAACACCUACCCCGCCAUGUCAAACACAGACAAUGGAAGUGGUUUUAUUCUACGCUGGGAUAUUAAGAAUCUGGAAAUCAAGACCAGAUCAGUUGAAAAGACACUAGAGCCCCUUGUUAUACAGGUGACAACGCUUGUCAACACAAAGGGACCUUCCAAAAAAAAGAAAGGCCGGAGUAAAAGAGCCCACGUGUUGGUGGCAGCAGUCGAGGCGGCCACAGCUAACUUUAUUGAGCGAGGAGAGGAAAUAGCAUAUGAAAAUCCUGAUAUUAGGGGCGAGAUGCUUGGUGCUGUGGAGGAAGUUAGAAAAACAGGAGAUACUAUGUCACGUGCUGCCCGAGAAUUUGCCGAGGACCCUUGCAGCAGCGUGAAGCGCGGCAACAUGGUUCGGGCUGCUAGGAAUCUGUUGUCUGCCGUCACUCGCCUUCUUAUAUUAGCAGAUAUGGUGGAUGUGCACCGCCUUUUGAAGAGUUUGCAAGUGGUGGAGGAUGAUUUAGAAAAGGUGAAAAAUGCAUCUAGUCAAUCAGAACUCCUUGAUAAUUUCCGUUUGUUUGGUAAAAACACAAGUGACCUCAUCAACCAAGCUGCUAAACGACAGAAUGAACUUAAGGACCCGAGGCUGCGUGAUGAUUUAGCCUCAGCUCGAGCUGUACUUAAGAAAAAUUCCAUGAUGCUUCUCACAGCUUCCAAGGCAUAUGUCCGACACCCCGAGCUGGCAGCAGCAAAGGCCAACCGAGACUUUGUGUUCAAACAAGUGUGCGAAGCUGUCAACACCAUUAGUGACGUAGCUCAGGGUAAGGCUACUGGGGCGGGUCAGAUGCCCUACGAGGGUCCUGGAGAACUGGCUUCAGCUCUUGAUGACUUUGAUGAACGCAUAAAUAUGGACCCACUAACUUACAAUGAGGUGCGCACCCGUCCGUCUUUGGAAGAACGUUUAGAGUCGAUCAUCAGUGGUGCAGCACUGAUGGCCGACUCCUUCUGUACACGUGAUGACCGUCGUCUCAAGAUUGUGGAAGAAUGUAAUGCAGUAAGACAAGCUCUGCAAGAUCUUCUAACUGAAUAUAUGGACAAUAUGGGACGCAAGCAGCCAUCAGAGAACCUGGAUAAAGCCAUUGAUCACAUGUAUCGCAAGACCAAGGAUUUGCGUCGUCAGCUGCGCAAAGCUGUAGUUGAUCAUGUAUCAGACAGCUUCCUCGAGACGAAUGUUCCUCUUCUUGUUUUAGUGGAAGCAGCACGAAAUGGUAAUGAAAAGGAAGUGGAAGAAUAUGCUCAGGUGUUUACAGAGCACGCAAAUAAGUUAGUGGAAGUGGCCAACCUGGCAUGCACCAUGUCCAACAACGAAGACGGUGUUAAGAUGGUUAGAUACGGUGCGGCGCAGAUUGAACAGUUGUGUCCACAGGUUAUUAAUGCUGCAAGCAUCCUCUCAGCAAGACCCAAGUCCAAGGUAACACAAGAGAACAUGGAUGCCUUCAAGGAUGCUUGGGAGAAUCAAGUACGCAUUUUGACGGAAUCUGUUGACGACAUUACAACCAUUGAUGAUUUCUUAGCAGUUUCAGAGAGUCACAUAUUGGAGGAUGUGAAAACUUGUGUAAGAGCAAUAAAUGAGGGGGAUCCCGAGACCCUUGACCGCAUUGCUGGUGCCAUCCGUGGUCGCUCAACUCGUGUUUGUCAUGUGGUGGCUUCAGAAAUGGAUAAUUAUGAGCCAUGCAUGUACACUGAUCGAGUGCUGGAGGCUGUCAAGGUCCUGCGAGACCAAGUGCUGCCCAACUUUGCUCAGCGUGUGGAUGUGGCAGUGGAAGCAUUAAGUAGUACUCCAGGUAAAGAGGUGGAUGAAAAUGAGUUCAUUGAUGCCUCACACCUGGUGUACGAUGGGGUUAGAGAGAUCCGCAUGGCUGUGCUCAUGAACAAGGCUGAUGACGAGCUCGACCCUGACGAUGUCCUCAUGGAUGAUUAUCAUACAGUGGAAAUUAAGAGUAAAUCAAGCGUUCACACAGUGGAGACGACUAUCGACGAGUACCCUGGAGUGAGCGGCAUCACUACAGCGCGGGACGCCAUGAGAAACUUGAGCGAGGAGGACAAAGACAAAAUUGCUGCUCAGGUUGAAAACUUCCGCUUGGAGAAGGUGAAGUUUGACCAGGAAGUGGCUAAAUGGGAUGACACUGGUAAUGACAUAAUUGUUUUGGCCAAACAUAUGUGUAUGAUCAUGAUGGAGAUGACAGAUUUUACAAGAGGUCGUGGACCGCUCAAAACAACAAUGGAUGUUAUUAAUGCUGCCAAGAAAAUUUCUGAGGCAGGAACCAAGUUGGAUAAGCUCUCGAGACAAAUUGCCGAUCAGUGUCCUGAGUCGCGAACCAAGGAUGACAUGUUAGCGUACUUGGAUCGUAUUGCUCUUUAUUGCCACCAGUUGAACAUUACCUCCAAGGUCAAGGCUGAUGUGCAGAAUAUAUCUGGUGAACUCAUAGUGUCUGGGUGUGAGGUGGUACCAGUUUUCAAUGAUGUUACUGUGCAGCAGGUACCAUUACCCAUUUUGGAUUCUGCCACGUCAUUAAUUCAGGCAGCCAAGAAUCUGAUGAAUGCUGUGGUGUUGACUGUGAAGUGUUCGUAUGUUGCCUCAACUAAAUAUCCUCGCCAGGGAACCAUUGCUCUUACCCUACCUCCUGGGGCAAGAUCAGCCUCCCCAAUUGUUGUCUGGAAGAUGAAGGCUCCAGAGAAGAAGCCGUUGGUGCGACGUGAGAAAGCAGAAGAAGUGAGAGCCAAAGUUCGUAAAGGCAGUCAAAAGAAGCCCGUCUCUGCCCUCAAGGCUCUGGCAGAGUUUCAGAGUCCGGCAGAUGCAAUUUAAACCAUUUGUUUAUCUAUUUGAAAUAUAGAGCUGUUUAAUUUUGCUUUGUAAACUGAAAAUCUCAGAUGUGUCGAUUUCAAAGUUGCAGAGGCAUCACACACGAAUAUAAUGUAAAGUAAGACUGUUAUCGAGUAGUCCUUCUCAGUAGACUAAUCUAUAAGUAAGAUCCCUGUGGAGGGAGAGUAAGUAAUGCUAGGAGUUGAUGGAUAAGCUCUUAAGUUUACUUGACCAGGGUCUUAUACUGUGGUACAUUAUGUGCUUACUCUCACAUUCAUUACGUAUAACAUUAUUUUUGUACCAGAAGGCAGCAAAUAAUUAAUAUUGAUACCAAAUUUAAGUUUGUGUUACCAAAAGGAAUUGUAAACAUUGAUAAUACUCCCCAAAUCUGCUUGUCACAAAGAAUUAAUAGAAUUAUAA